CGAGCCCGGCACACCGGUGAGAGCCGCUUGGCCGGUGGAGCCGCGGCGGAGGCCGGGAUGGCGGCGCCGCUCGCUCCGCGCGGGGGAGCCGGCGUUGCCGGCCAGUGCUGGUUGGUGUUGCUGCCGCCCCUGUUGCUGGCGCUGCUGCUAGCGCGGUCCGCGGGGGCCCUGGUGGAGGGGCUCUACUGCGGCACGCGCGACUGCUACGAAGUGCUGGGCGUGAGCCGCACGGCGGGCAAGGCGGAGAUCGCGCGGGCCUACCGCCAGCUGGCCCGGCGCUACCACCCCGACCGCUACCGGCCUGAGCCUGGCGACGAGGGCCCCGGACGGAUGCCGCAGAGCGCGGAAGAGGCCUUCCUGCUGGUAGCGACCGCCUACGAGACUCUUAAGGAUGAAGAAACACGAAAAGAUUAUGACUACAUGCUGGAUCACCCAGAAGAGUACUAUAGCCAUUACUACCACUACUACAGCAGGCGCUUAGCCCCUAAAGUGGAUGUUAGAGUUGUGAUUUUGGUCAGUGUAUGUGCUAUUUCAGUGUUUCAGUUUUUCAGCUGGUGGAACAGCUACGACAAGGCAAUCAGCUACCUAGCCACAGUGCCCAAAUAUCGUAUCCAAGCCAUGGAGAUUGCCAAGCAGCAGGGGUUACUCAGAAAAGCCAAAGAGAAGGGCAGAAACAAAAAGUCCAAAGAGGAAAUUCGUGACGAGGAGGAGAAUAUCAUAAAAAACAUUAUAAAAAGUAAAAUAGAUAUAAAGGGAGGCUAUCAGAAACCCCAGAUAUGUGAUCUUCUCCUGUUUCAAAUUCUCUUAGCACCUUUUCACCUGUGCUCAUAUAUAGUCUGGUAUUGUCGGUGGAUCUAUAAUUUUAACAUCAAAGGUAAAGAAUAUGGAGAAGAAGAAAGACUAUAUAUCAUACGGAAAUCCAUGAAGAUGUCGAAAUCUCAGUUUGAUAGUCUAGAAGAUCAUCAGAAAGAAACUUUUCUUAAACGAGAGCUCUGGAUAAAGGAGAAUUAUGAGGUUUAUAAACAAGAACAAGAAGAAGAACUAAAGAAAAAAUUGGCAAAUGACCCCAGAUGGAAGAGAUACAGGAGAUGGAUGAAGAAUGAAGGGCCUGGACGGUUAACGUUUGUGGAUGAUUGAGGAUUGCUGGAGUGCUACUAUGCCAAACCUUAAUUGUGAUAUUUUCAUAACUGAAUUAUUUUAGAAAUGUAUCAACUGCUCCUCAGCAGUACUUAAAAUUCCUCAAAUAUUUGAUUAAACAGAAUAAUGUAGAAAUUUAAAUUUUCCCUUAAAACUUUAUACAUAAGACAUUUAUUAUGAUUGUUCAAUUUUUAUAAUCUAUUUGUGGAUUUUGUUAAAUGAUCUGACAUGAAGAUUUACUUGUUGCCAUUUAAAAUUUUUAUAUGUUUAGUUAAAAGAUUUGACAUGAAAAUUUAUUAGAUACCAUUUAAAAUUUUCACGUGUUGUUUAUUCUUUAUAAGUGUUUCCUUUUUCUUUGUUACAGUGCUACAUUUUUCUGCUUCCAUGGCCUCUAAUAUUUUCACAAAACAUAAAAAAUUCUAAUUACAUUGUGUCUUUAGACACAGACUUCUUUGGCAAAAUGAUUUCAACUGUCAUGUCAUCUCAUUAUAGUCAUUCUAGGAUUGAAAUAUGUUCAAAAUAUCUCUCUAGGAGAGUCUUCUGCCAGAAUGUGCUUAUAUUAUUUUUCCCCGUCAUAAUAUUCUUAUUAAGAUCAGAAACUCUCCAGGAGAGCGAAUCAACCUUCAUGUCCUUGUAGGAUGAUCUUGAUUACAGUCAUUAUAGGACUAUAACUGUAUUCUCGAACAUUUUUUCCAGAAGAAACCUUAAAAAGGUCUUUUGUACCACAGUAUUGCUUUCCCGAACCCCUUCAGUUAAAAAAAAAGAAAGAAAAAGAGCAGAAAUAGUGUACUGAAAAGUUGUUCAUGUAUUAUUAAGUCCUUGAGUCAUGAAAAAUCCAGUGUACAUGAGUGUAUUUACAUGCAUUUAAACCAGAAAGAGGAGGUGCAUGGUUGUGUGCUAUUCUUUCAAACAGUGAAAUCUCUGUUUUAUACAUGUGGAAGUGAAAGUAAUUCACACAUAAAUUGACUGAAACAAGUAUGAUACUGCAUCAUGGUAUUGAUACACAAUCAUGAUAGUGAAUCAGUACUCCUGUUAAAGGAUUUAUCUCAUUGCUUCAUAUUAAUAAAAUGGUUGCAAUAUA